GGCGCGGCUGGCGGCGGCGCGCGGUGCGGCCAGACAGCUGCUGCUGGUUGUGCUCAGUUUGUCUGUCCGCAAGGCCACGUUUAUUCCAGAUAAUCUUCAGAACUGCCGGAGUGAUUUUGACGGGACUUGGACGAGAAGGUAGUUGAUGCACGCAGGCAUAUUGAAGGCUACUUUUUUAAAUUCGGCGCAGUGGAAGUCGCGAGCGGGCGCUAGUUAUAAAUGUAGUAAUUGUGUGUGUAGCGCGCGGGUCGGGCGCGGGCCGCAUUCGUCCCACCGCCACCGCUCACGUUAUCACAGACGCAGUUCAUGGUCAACUUUAACUUUUGCUCAAUCUCUAAGAAUAUUUUUAUUUUAAUUUAAUUUAAACCGAAAAAAAAAUCAAUAUAGAAUCGCUGAAUAAGAUGACAAAGCUGAAGGAAGAAAAUAUUGUUUGCUGGUAAUCUACAAAGGCUAUAAUAUAUAGAUUUUUAUUUCAUUGAAACGCCAAUAUCUUAUUGAAGAUGAUCGGAAUGCGGACUGUUGUGAGUGACUGACGUGACCGCGUGUCCCGACUGCUGUCCUGAACCAUGUCCUAGCUUAAUGUUUACUUGGAAUUGUUAAAAUAAAUAUUAAUAAAAGAUUAAGUAACUUAGUAAUGUUUUUCGUAUUUAACCUUUUAUAAAAAAAUAAAAGCGAAAAUGACGAGGCUAAAAUAACAAUUACAUAAAUUAUAAUUUAAAUGAAAGAACUGGAUGGGAGGCCGGCAGCACUGCCCAGUGAUGUCAACACGAUGUGAUGAUGAAUUGUUUACGAGCGCGCCGCGUGCAGGACAUUAGAGAAGAUAUCGCGUCAAACUUGUAAGAAAUAUGAUACACAACACAGAUAUAUUUAAUGCCAGAUGAAUUAAUAAUAGCAGUAUUACUGGAUAUACGACCACGUAAAAAAUGGACGACGCGACGACGUUCAUUUCCGAGCUGUUUCUAGCAAGUUUCGCGAUAAUGUUAGACAUUGUUGUCGACUUAAGGUUGAAAAUUGCGCUUUAAUAGAGGGGCUAAUAUUUGAAUGUCAAUUUUGAAUUGUGAGAACCUGCGAAAAUAAGGCGAGGCGCGCACUUACAUUUUUUCUAAAAAAUGAGAAUUUUUUAUAUCCACUGUUUAAUUUUGACAAUUGACACUGUUAAUUUGCAAAAGCAGACACACCGUAGAAUGCCUAUUGAUACCACUUCCUCCUCCUUCACGUUUUCUAUUAAUGUCGACCCUUUUGAUCUUACGAGUAGAUAUACGUUAUAAGCGUUAUAACGUUGAGUUAAAGUUGGCCAAGUACCCGCCGACACGGCACUGCAUGCCUGUAAGCCGCUCUAACUCUAUAGCCUGCUUGCAGCAUGUAGCCUAUACCCUGAAUAUAGGUACCGUCUUUAAUCUUUAUUAUACACGAGAGUCCGAUGUCGUCGGGUGCAGAUCAGGUGACGGGUGUUACAUCAGCUCGCCGGCGGCGGCGCCACUUGCGUCGUCCGAAGCGAACAGGAAAAUGUUUAUAUACAUACAUUUUAUGACUUUUUAUAACAAGUUAAUUUUAAUUUAUUAUUUGUGAUAUGAGACAUGAGUGAUAAAAACAACUCACAAACUAAUACAUCUUAUUAUGUAGAUACUAACUAACCGUUUAUUUUCUUUAUUUUACAAUACGGAACCGAUACACUUGUUAAAAAGGAUAUAUUUUUUUUGCAAAAAAUCUACGUUCCACAAUUUUUUCUUUAUUUACGUUCAUCUUUAUGUAGACAAAUAAAAUCGACAAAAGUGAAUUUGGUUAUCCAGAGUUAUUCCAAAUUAAUUGAAUAACUAUUAGUCAACAGCGGAAUGUGAUCGCCUACGCUGCUUGCUACUGCUGUCACGACAAGACCUCGACAUUUGUAGCCAGUACUUGCUUUAGGGAGCAACUAUAGCAUUGUGACAGUGUAACAGUGUUAUGCUCGGGGGUGAUAAGUGUGUGUGCGUCGUGUUUGCAGUCAACGUGCCGACGGUGUCGUUCGGUCUGGCGCUGGGCUGGGUGUCGCUGGCGAGCGGAGAGAGCGGCGACGGAGCGGCUGGCGCGGUAGUCGCGGCCGUCACCACUUUUGCGGCGUCGCUGCUGGGCGUGCCGCUCAGCGCGCACGCGCUCACAUACGGCAGGAAGUUCGCAGUCAUAGCCACCUCCGCCACAUUCGUCGCGUGCUGGGCGCUGAAGCUGUGGGGCGGCGCGUGGUGCGUGCUGGCGGCGCGCGUCGCGGCCGGCCUGGGCGCCGCCGCCACCUGGGGACAAGCGCCGCUGCUCGCGCAGGAGAUGUGCAGCGCUGGGUGGCGCGGCGCGGCGGCGGCGGCUCUGGUGCCGGCACACAACCUGGGCGUGCUGCUCAUGUACCUGGCCGCGCAGGCGCGCUUGCCGCACGCAACAGUGCUGUGGUGGUGCCUGGGGCUGUCCGUCGUCCACUGCUUCGCUUUCCUGCUGAUGCCCGAGUCGCCUGCCUUCCUCGCCGCCAGCGGGAAACUUGAUGACGCGGAGCGGGCGCUGCGGUGGCUACGCGGCGCGCCGGCCGCUGCGACGCUGCGCGACGAGCUGGCCUCGCUGCCCGCGCCCGACACCGACGGCUCCUCCUGGUACGCCCUCGCCAAGGACAUGAUGAGCGACAACUGCCGGCGUCGCGCUUUCCUCAUAGGCGGGUUUGCGGUAGUGGGGCAGGAGAUGUGCGGCGUGCUCGCGCUGCUGCAGUACGCGGAGCGCGUGUUCCUGCUGGUGCAGGACGCGGGCGGCGACGGGACGCGCUCGGGCACGCUCGCGGCGAUCAACGUGACGCUGGCCGUGUCGGCGGAGCCGGUGCUGGUCUCGCCCGCGGGACACGCCGUCAUCCUGGGCGCUGUGCAGCUCGCCGCCUCCAUCGCAGGUCUCUAUCUCGUCGAACGUCUCGGCCGCAGGCCGAUGAUCGUGUGGUCGGGGGUGACGACGGGGCUGGGGCUGGCGCUCGGUGCCGCGCUGCUGCCUCUGCGCCCGCUGGCAGUGCUGGGCGGCGUCGCACCGGCCGGACUCGCACUGGCCGCAGCCGUCGCCGCGGACUCCGUCGGCCUGCAGCCCGCACCCUACGCUCUGCUGGCCGACAUGUUCAAUUACAAGUAUCGGGGCUGUGCGGUGCUGCUGGUGACGGCGGCGGGCUGCGUGGCCAACGCGCUGGAGGCGGCGGCGUUCCCGCUGGCGGCGGCGCUGGGCGGGCUGCGGGGCGCGCUGGCUCUGGCCGCCGCGCUCACGCUGGCCUACGCCGGCGCCGCGCACUGCCUCGUGCCAGAGACGCGCCGCCGCACCCCUCUGCAGAUCUACGCAGCGCUCUGCCCCUCAAACUCCGAUAAACAAACGCACCGGCGCAUCCUGGCGCGCUUCAAUAUAUUCAGGUUGAAAGAUACCACUGGCAAUUCUAGCAUCGAAAAAGGUGAAGGAUACAUGAACGGUGACAUUGAUUCAAAGGUCAAAAAAAUGAAUAAGGAACACGAUGCAAAUGUAAAAAAGGUGAAAGAAGACGCGAAGGCGAAGGGCGAUGGGUGCGGUGUCGCGGGGCGCGGGGCGGCGGACUGCGUGGUGAGCGUGCUCGGCGCUGGCGGGGGCGCAGGGGCAGACAGUACUGAUCUGUGAUAAUUGUGCAACUAUUGAUA